ACUAAAUUACCGACCAUACGUACGGCUGAAAACGGCCGAUCUGAAAAAACGUGUGAACUAUCAAGUCUUCGUCAACUCAAAUACUUCUUAUAUCGUACACUUCUCUCUUACCUCUCUCUGCAAUUCUUUUCGAAUUUAAUCAACACCAUUAUCAUUCAAACAAACCUUCAUCAUCCAUCAUAUCCAGCAAUCUUGUUGGUGGAGCCCUCGCAAUCAAUUGAGCAGUUACUCUAGAGGCACCUUUCCCAUACGUUUGUGGUGGGAGGAGCCUCUUAUAGUAAGAAUGUCAGCAAAUUCUACUCAGCAUGGGAAUAAUGCAUCAUGUAAAGAUUUUUCUGCUGACCUUCAUCUGGGCACACGUGGUUGGUACUUUUCAAAAGAUGAAAUAGACAAUCAUUCACCUUCUAGGAAGGACGGGAUUGAUCGCACCAGGGAAUCAUCGCUGCGCAAAUCAUAUUGUUCAUUUCUUAAAGAUUUCGGCAUGAAGCUCCGAGUGAGUCCGGUCACAACAGCAACUGCCAUGAUGUUCUGUCAUCGAUUUUAUAUGCGCCAAUCUCAUGCGAAGAAUGAUUGGCAGACAGUUGCAACAGCAUGCAUGUUUCUUGCUUCCAAAGUGGAAGACAACUUACGUCCACUAAGGGAUGUUACCAUGGUGGCAUAUGAAAUAAUCUACAAAUGGGAUCCUUCUGCUUCUGAUAGAAUCAAACGACGGGAAGUUUAUCAUAAGCAGAAGGAGCUGAUUCUAGUUGCGGAAAACCUUUUACUAGUAACAAUUGACUUUGAUAUGGCUAUUCAACACCCAUUUAGGCCUCUUGUUGAUGCCUUAAAAAGACUGAAGAUCUCAAACAAUGAUGUUGCAAAGGCAGCUUGGAAUCUUGUGAAUGAAUGGCUUAGAACAACAUUAUGCUUGCAGUAUAAACCCCACUACACUGCUGCUGCUUCCUUGUCAGUUGCGGCCAAGCUUCUGAAUUUCAAACUACCAGUGAUCGAUGGGAAAGCUUGGUGGCUGCAGUUUGAUGUAUCUCCCAAGCAACUAGAAGAAGUUACGCAACAAAUGCUGCGGUAUUUCAAGCAUGAUGAAAAACAGAAAGUCCAACAAGUGCCUAUCAGUGUAAUAAAGCAUACUGAAAAUGCCAAAAGUCAGAGUGCACAGAGUGGCGUUACAGUUGGCUUAGAUCCUGAGGAGGAGGCUGCUCCAGUAGCUAGCCGGGACCAGAAACCUCAACCUUACAAGUGUGAGCUGAAGGGGACAGCUGAAACUGAAAGCAACCAACUUAUAAAGAAGGCAGCAUCAGAGUAUCUGUCAAGUGAUUGCUGUAGUGGAAUUAGUAGUGUCAUUGACUGUGAAAGUGUUGAUACAAGCUCCAAAGCUGCUCGGGUAGAUGAUGAGCUCAGCAAAAUCGAUGUGGAUCGUCUCAAAGGGGCAUUUCAGCGAGCAAAGCGUGUAAAAUGCGCUAAGAGUAUUAAGGGCAUGGCAGCAGCAGAAAGCAAACUGGAGAGUGAUCUCUUCAUAGAGAGCGAACUUGAGAAAGGAGUAGAACUCGAGUAUCUGACUGCUGCCAAGAGACAGAAGGUGAUUCAAGACUGACGUGAAAGUUGAUAUAUUUCUAGGCGGAUUUUCGUUCGUGAUUAUUUAAUCAAUCCUCGGAUGAGGCUGUAAGACUUCCUUGCCAAUGGAUUUCAUCUCGACCCCUCAUCGAGGUAUUCGUUUUAAUCAUUUAGGUUUCGUUUCGGUGGUCUAGUUAGAGAUUAGAUUAGUACCCUUCUUUUGAAACAGCAAACCGGCUAAAGUUGCCUUGUUCUUUACAAGUAUUGCAUGAUUAUGUAUAACCUUGAUGGAGAAAAGCUGUAUGCUAGUAAAUCUGGAUGUAAAUAUUAAGCCCUGCUUGCAAUGCUGGCACAAAAUUUUGAUUUUCUGUAUAUAAUGAAAUAAUGAAUUAA